GCGAUACUUACUUGACCUUUCUUGAAGAGGAAGAAGAAGAAGAAGAAGAAGAAGAAAAGGAACCCUCGUCUAGCCAAGUCACCGAGUAAAAAAAGAUUAUCUCACACGCUAGAAGAUGGCCGCAUUCACUGUUUCAACUUCCCAGCUUUUGUCGGCAGACAAGAUGGCAAACUUGAGAUACGAGGCCAAAACCCAAUAUUAUCAGAACCACGUCCUUGACCUCGCCGUUGACGACGUUACUCUUGAGGACUUCAUCGAUGACUACAUCGAGCAAUACUAUCACCUUGAGGCCAUCUCCGCCCAAUCUUCGGUCUCAUUGGUUUCGAACAACUCUUUAACGAAGUCCAAGUCCAAGUUGAGACGCUUUCUCCGACGUAUCACCAGGAAAAGGCUUUGAGGAGGCGCUUGCCUUGGAUGGCCUCACACAACCACACAAAUCACCAAACGACUCCUGUACAAAUAUUCACUGAACAAAGUUUUGAUUCGUAACAUGCCGACCAAGACUUAUAUCGUCAGGCAGUCUCUUGAGCUGGCUCUAUUUCGAUCAAAUAACAUUCACAUCAGGCUGUGGGCUUAGGUUUGGCCUCAGAGUCGCGAACCAUACACACCACAACACCAGCCGAGAGGGAGGCUAGGUCGCGUAAUAAAGUGUGAUGAAGAAGACAUACACGCUGGGCGCGGUGUAUGAAAGAGUGUAUUGCAUUCAAGCAUUGGGCGUGAGGAUUGGGCGUACAUUACAAGUUGGAUACCAGGGUCAGAGCAGAAGCUUGGAACCCACUAAGAAUUCCAAACCACUACUAUUCUUCAACCACUCAGAGUAUGUUGUGCAUAAACACCGUCGUGAAAUGAUAUGAAAUAGUUAUACAUUCAUGGACUUCGGCCGCAAGCGGCUGUCCCCUUAAUUCAUGAAACACACAAUGUGCCAUAGUGUUGUCAACGAAAUCUGCCACACCCAAAGGCGUGAUUGCAGCAACGAGUCGAAAAAUUGUGCAGGUGUCUUGGAUUUACU